AAUGUUCACCCACCCCCGGCCUUCUCUCCAUUCAACACACAAUGGCCGGCGUAAUACCCUCGCCGGGAGUGCUCAGGCUGCUCCGCCACGCCCUCAAUCCUCGCAAUCCGCGAUUCACACACCAAGUCCGCAAUGCGACGCUGUUGCGCCGGCCAAAGCGCCCCUACACCUUCACGCAGUUGGUAACCCUCUCCGACGGCUCCAGCUUCGUUCACCGGACCACGAACCCCAUGCCGAUAUAUAAGAGCACGAAGGACACAAGGAACACGCCGUUGUGGAACCCUAGUUCACAGAAACUGCUUAAUGUGGAAGAGGAUGAGGCGGGCAAGUUGAAGGCCUUCAGAACUAAGUUCGGUCACGGAUGGGAUGCUGAGAGCCCGGAUCAAAGUGGGAAGGACAAGUCGGGUGGGCAGAUGGAUAACCUGUUGGAUCUCAUCAGUGGAGGGGACAGAAACCAGGCGAAGAAGGCGGCCGCAGCGUCAUCCGCGGCGCCUGCGGCGCCCCCUGCGAAAGGCAAGACUACGAAGAAAUAAGUUUUUGUACGAUACGCUUGGGAUUUACGUUGCAUUGAUUUGCAGAGACAAUGGCGGAUGGAUCAGGUCUGGUUGUCAUUUCUGUUCCUGCAACGACAAUAUUUACAUAUAAUAUACAAAGCUCGUCGACCUUUUCUCACAGGUUUCCUACCACUGC